AUGGUGAACACUCAGGUUCAGCCCCCAGAGGAAGACCUCUGUGAUCUGGACCCGCAUCAUGCUGUAACUGUGAUCGAGCUCUACAUUAUGCCUUUUUUCUUCCUGGCUGUGCUUAUCCUCGGACUGCCCCUCAACCUGCUCUCUCUGUGGGUUUUCGCCCUGCGCCUGAGGCGAUGGACCCGCAGCACGGUCUUUCUCUUCAACCUGACCUUGGCUGACACCUCCUGGCUCCUGGCCUUGCCUUUCCUCAUACACUACCAUCUGAAUCAGCUGUACUGGAACCAGGGGCUGCCGCUCUGCGUUGCUGUGAGGAUGCUUUACCACAACUACUUCUACCUCAGCAUCUUCUUCGUCACCUGCAUCAGUGUGGACCGAUACCUGGCCAUCGUCCACCCACUGCGCUCUCUGGUGCUGCUUGACCGGCGGAAGGCCUCCCUGCUGUGUGUGGCCGUAUGGACGGCCACGCUGCUCCUCAGCAUACCUGUUGCACGGAUGACUCUGAUCCAGACCUGCCCUGGAAGCAACCGCACCGUGUGCACCCUCUACGUACUGCUAAGUGAAACAGGGGAGAGCCUCCCUUAUUCCCUCUUAUGCUCCAUUAUCGGUUUCCUUUUCCCGCUGCUCUCCAUCUGCUACUGCGGCCUGUGUAGUAUCAGAGAGCUGCGCAGUCGACCUUUUCACCCUGAUUAUCACAACAAGAAGCUGCGGCUCCGGCGGCUGCUGAGCGCAGUGCUGGUCAUAUUUUCCUCGUUUUACUUGCCCUACCACCUGUGCCGCAACACUGCCAUCGUGAUACGGGCGGUCUACCCUGACAAUCCCACCUCAUGGCAACCUGCAGACAUGGCCUUCGCCCUGGAGAUGUGCGUCUGCGGCCUCGUUACCUGCAUUAACCCUUUGUUCAGCUUCUUUAUAGGCCGCCAGUUUAGGAAUGAGUUUUACGGCACAAUUGCUGCCAUGUUUCCCCGCUGUCCAGGUAUGCAGGUGACAUCUAAAUGGACCCAUAUGACGGUUAGGAAAAGGUUGCAGGUGUCCACUGUUGCGCCUGAGCGCGCACUGUCUGCACCUAGGCCUAGACCUUCAUGA